AUGUCGGCACCCAGCAAAGAAUCCCAAGCUCUAGCCGAGCUCUUCAAGACCAUCGCCGCCAACUUCCCCUCCACACCCAACCCCUUCCUCGAAAGAUGCGUCUACGACCAAGUCCACCAAGCCGCCGCCGAAGCCCCCGGCGUAUCCUACGAAAACACAACCGCCGCCGGCCGACCAUGUCUCUGGAUCCGCCCCGAGAAGGCCUCCACCACCCAUGUCAUGCUCUUCAUGCACGGCGGAGGCUUCUCGUUCGGCUCGCCGAAUGGCCACCGCAAGAUGUCUGCACACCUCGCGAAGGCGUGUAAUACCCUGGCGCUCUCGGUGGAUUAUCGCCUGGCUCCUGAGCAUCCCUACCCGGCUGCUAUCGACGACUGUGUCAACGCUUACAAGUGGCUACUCGAGCAAGGCUUCCAACCCGAGAACAUCGUCGUGGCAGGCGACUCCUGCGGCGGCGGUCUCUCCGCCAGCGUCCCGCUCACCGCCCGCAAACAAAACCUCCCCUUACCAGGCGCCGUGGUCUCCCUCUCGCCCUCCUACGACCUGACCAACGACCUCGAAUCCAUGAAAACCAACAACGACGUCGACGUCCUCCAAUCCGAGGCCUUCGUAGCUAUGCUCGGAGACCGCUUCACCGCCGGCGACCAAGCGCUCAAGAAGGAACCCAUCGUCAGUCCCCUGUACGCUGAUCUCGCGGGUCUACCGCCUCACUGGAUCUCGUGUGGAGGGUACGACAUGUUGCUGGAUAGUGGGAAGAAGUUUGCUGAGAAGGCGAAAGCGGCUGGCGUUGAGGUGGUUUUGGAGAUUCAUCCUGGUCAGCAGCAUGUUAUGGAGUUUAUGGCGGGAAAGGCUCCUGAGGCGGAUGAGUCGAUAAGGAAGAUUGGGGAGUGGGUGGGGGGGAAGAUUGGGUCGUAG